AUGGCUGAAGAUGAACAAGUUGACAAAGUUACCUUGAGAGUUUUGGUCGAUAAAGAGAAAAACAAAGUUCUAUUGGCUGAGGCUGGGAAGGAUUUUGUUGAUGCACUCUUCAGCUUCUUAACAUUUCCUUUAGGUACUAUUGCUAGACUCGUGGCUGAAGAGUCAAAUAUCGAAGCAGUGAAAUUUGGUAGUUUGAGUUCACUAUAUCAAAGUGUGAAAGAUCUUGAUCCACAAUAUCUAUGGUCACAUACCUGCAAAGAAAUGCUACUUAAGCCAAGAAACUCCAUGCAACCUUAUUGCUGGAAGCUCAAAUUGAACAUCAACACCACCGAACCCUUGAACUGCUACUUCUUCUGUGAGGACAAUUCUUGCAAAAUUGAAAACAGGACUUGUGUGAGCUUAUUCAGAAAUCAAACAUGUAUUUGUGGAAAGCUAUUCAAAAAAGAAAAACUUAUGAAAUACUCAAUUAGAGAACCCGGAUUUGUUAAGGAAACCUCGACUUUUAUAGUUUCUGAUGAUCUUUAUGUGAUGCCGAAUGAAGUUGGAACAAGUUUAGAUCUUCUUCAGAAGCUUGGAGUCAAUAACAUUGACGCUAUAGUGAUAGAAACCCUCAAUAUCAGCACGAAAGAGGUUGUUGAUCUUCUCAAGUUGUCUUUGGUUUCAAAGACUCCUUUGACAAACUUUAUCUUUACAAAGCAACAAUUAACAAACUUAGACCCAAGAAACCGAUUGGAGUUUUGGGUUGGUGAAGAAGAUGAACCAUCUGAUGACAAUAACGCUGAGAUGGUUGUGAAAGUAUUCAGGAGAAAGUCAAAUGAACAAAUUUUGUUUGUUGAAGCACAAGAAGAUUUUGCUGACUUUGUAUUUAGUUUUCUAACAUUUCCAUUAGGAAGUGUUAUACAUAUGUUUGGAGGAUUCUCUUUUCUAAGGUGCAUUGAUAAUUUAUAUAGGAGCAUGGUUGAUAUGAGUCCAGACAGAUGUUUAAAGUCAGAACAACUCAAAUUCGAACUAACUAGUCCUUUUAUUGCUGAUCAGUAUGGACUUAAGAACCAGAUAUUGAGGUUACCUUACCACGUUAGAAAUUUUAGACUUUAUAAAUUUGUUGAUCCUAAGUCCCCUAUAUCAGGAGGAUUCUCUAGAGGACCAUUAACAUUCAUGGUGACCGACGACUUGGUUGUGACUCCAAUGUCGUCAAUAUCUGGUGUUUCAUAUUUAGAAAGAAUGAAGGUCCCCCUUAAUGAUGUGGAAGAAAGGGUCAUAAGGAUCGGUCGUAAGGAGGGUCUCAGGAUUUUAAAAGCUUCAUUGACCACAACUUCUACUUUGACAAAUGGUCUCAGCCUGUCCAUAAUAGAGCAAUUCUUGCGUGAAAAAAGUUCAUAG